AUGCAGAAACUAAUCAAGCGCACGAGACAGGCCGAAAAGGUCCUCGCGAAAAAGAUGAAGAAGCGCCAGGGCUACGAGAUAACCGAUCAGAGGCAGCAGCGCUUCAGGGAACAGCGCCAGCAACUGGACGAGCUCAACGACGAUAUCAGGACCUCCCGCCUCAUCCGCCAGGAGAAAUGGAGUAUGGGCACUAUAGCACCGCGCCGCGACCUCUUACCCGAAUGGGGCGCUUCGGAGGUCAAUCGCAACAGUCGCCAGACCGGUCUCAAAUUCAGCGAGAUCGAAAAUCGGUGCAGUUGGGCCGGGGGUGUCAACCAACUCUGCCUCAAACCCAAGGACCGCGUCGUCCUCCUCGACGGCCCCGAGAAGGGCAAGAUUGAUCGCAUCGAGAGCAUUGACAAGUCGACGGGUACCGUAAUGCUGGAGAACAUUGCCAAGAUGACCAUCGCCGUCUCCGAGAACUUCCAAAAAGCCAUAGAUGCGCCCCCCACGCAAAACGCUCCGUUAGCCGUUCCCAUCUCGUCCAUCCGCCUCGUCCACCCAAUCAAAGAUCCCAUAACUGGCUCGACCGGCGACGUAAUCAUCCGCCAACUCCGUAGCUACAAACCCCGCAAGUUGCCGAACGGGUCAUUCUACUUCCAGCGCCAGAUUCCGGGCUACAACAUGAUUAUCCCCUGGCCCGAGGCAGAUGAACCCAACCUUGAGGAGUACAGAGUCGAUACUAAGAGCGAGCAAGUCAGUGAAGAGACCUUCGUUCCAACCCUCCUUCGCACGCCGAUGCCGGAAACUGUCAUCGACGAGCUGCGCAACAAGUACUCGAAAUUCCGCACCCGCCACGAGGAAGACUACAUCCUCAAGAAGGAGGUCGAGGAGAUGCAGAAGAAGGCGAGCAAGAGGCUGACACCGGACGCCGCCGCCACCAUCCGCACGCCGCUGCAGGAAUUCAACACCCAGCAGCGUCUGGCCCGCCGUGCUCGCGGACAACCCGAGCUGACGGAGGAGAUGCUCGAGAAGAUUGGCGAGGUUAUUGCGAAGAACAAGGCGAGAACGUUGAACGCUGCCGGCAUGUCCGAGGUUGCGCCAGUCCCGGAAGCCGCCGUCCCGGAAACACCCACGGCGGAAAGCCAUCCGCCGCCUCAAUAA